AUGUCUAUGAGGAAGACUAUGAUGAAAGAACUCAGGCAAAUAACUGAGGCAAAUCCAGUUUUCCGUGGCAAACUGAAGCAUCCUAGCAUCAAAAGUCGUAGAUUACAUAAUCUCAUUAACCAAAGGACUGUUUGUCUUUGUCUCUAUCGACUGGGAACAGUUUGCAACCUUCACAAGCAACAUCAAAUCCACUUCCAACUUCUUCUGCUGAGCCAAAAGUUUAUCUGUAACACAAGGUGCGCUUUCUCCAGGAGCAGUAUCUCUCAAUGCUGCAAAGAGCCUAGGUAUUUUAUUUUAGUUCUUCAAGGGAUGUUGUUGGGUACUGCUAUAGAGGUUAUUGACUAUCCAUGCUUGGCCAAAAAAAUGUUCUUUCCGAUUUUGGAUGAGUUAAAAUCAACUGUUACUGAUCCUGGCCAAAGUCACAUGUGCCAUACCCAAUGGUUUGCCCACUACUGUUGCCUGACACUACAUGAAGGCUCAUCUCCAAUGAGCAUGGAUUUUCAUCCCACUUGGCAGACAAUUCUUCCAUUUGGAACUUGUGUUGGAGACAUAGGACCACCAUGGGAUGUUAGUUCCGGGGAAAAGUUGCUUUCGAGAAAUUUUAGAGUCUGGAAUCUUGACGCAGGCCCGAUGGCCUUAAAGGAAGCUCUGGUCAAAGAUUCAUAUGCAUCUGUUAAUCAUAUCCGAUGGAGUCCUGAUGGUUCUAUAUUUGGUGAGAAUGUUCUCAUACUUAAAUGGUGUGUAGUUGCUGAUUUUCAUUUCAUGUAG